AUGCUUAAAUACUUGAGUGCGCUUUUUUGCGCACUACUAGUGCUAUCAGUUUUAGAACCAAUAACUUGUGGCGAAUUUGGUGGAGGCAGCAGAGGUGGCGGUUUUGGUAAAAGUGACGAAUCGCACAGUUAUCCAUCGUCACAUGAAUUGUCGGGCUCAGGCAGCCAUGAAUAUCCGUCAUCAGGUGGUAGUCACGGAUACCCAUCAUCAGGUGGCAGUCAUGGAUACCCAUCAUCCGGUGGAUUAUCCGGAUCAGGAGGAAGCCAUGGAUAUCCAUCAUCCGAUGGAUUAUCUGGAUCAGGAAGGCACAGUUAUCCAAAGUCUGGCGGCAGUGGGUAUCCGCCAUCUGGAGCAAAGCCAUCAUACCCUCCAUCCGGUAGUAGACUGUCAGGAUCAGGUCACGGUAACCCUAGUCAUGUUAGCCGUCAUACAACUAAACCUAGUCAUGUUAGCCGUCUUACAACUAAACCUAGUCAUGUUAGGCGUCAUAGAACUAAACCUAGUCAUGUUAGGCGUCAUACAACUAAACCUAGUAAUGUUAGCCAUCAUACAACUACACCUAGUCGAGUUAGCCAUUAUACAACUAAACCUAGUCAUGUUAGCCGUUAUACAACUAAACCUAGUCAUCAUACAACUAAACCUAGUCAUCAUACAACUAAACCUAGUCAUCAUACAACUAAACCUAGUCAUGUUAGCUAUCAUACAACUAUUCAUAAUCAUUUUCACUAUGAUCCACCACGUCAAAUAAUUUUUGCACUGCCUGGACAACCUGCGGAGUCGUAUCCAGUCUAUCACGGCACGCCCCCGACUUACGUAUACAAAUAUAAGGAUUCUGGAAGUAAAUACGGCACAUUGCUGGCUGGCCUAGCACUUCUCAAUCUUGGCAACUUAGCAGGCAGCCGCACCCAUUCUAACUACAAGUCACAGCCUGGUGAAAUAUGUAAGUUUGCCAUCAAGAAGUCCAACGGCUAUUACGAGGAAACUAAAAUCGAUUGUCAACUGAUAACGAGCUUCAUAUUCGCAAAGAAAGCAAAGGCGUCGAAGCGUCAACCCUCUGGCACAAACUCUACAAUUGUCACAACAACAACUACUGUGACAAAUGUCACAGUAGUCAACAACACAGGCAAUUCACUAAGUCCGACUACGCCGCCGCCGACGACUCUUUACCAAAUGUUACCUAACGGCACUUUAGUUCCUGUCAACGCAACGCAGACUAACAUUACCGCACCGGCCACUAUGCUGCCGAAUGGCACACUAUCAUCAGAUGGUACGAUGAAAUCGUCAGUGACCGUCACCACCACUACCACAAACAGUACGGUGGUGAAUGCGCUGGAUAUGAAGGGAAAGGAAAAGGCGUCGAGGGGUCAACCCUCUGGCACAAACUCUACAAUUGUCACAACAACUGUGACAAAUGUCACAGUAGUCAACAAUACAGGCAAUUCACUAAGUCCUUCUGCGCCGCCGACGACUCUUUACCAAAUGUUACCUAACAGCACUUUAGUUCCUGUCAACGCAACGCAGACUAACAUUACCGCACCGGCCAUUAUGCUGCCGAAUGGCACACUAUCAUCAGAUGGUACGAUGAAAUCGUCAGUGACCGUCACCACCACUACCACAAACAGUACAGUGGUGAAUGCGCUGGAUGUGAAGGAAAAGGAAAUUGCAGUUACACCCGGCAUGGAAUGUUUUGUGAUAAGGCUUACGCCUACACAAAGUAUGAGAAAACAUGUAUCAUGUGGUCUGUUACAGAGUUACGCGACGCAGUCGCUCAAACCUAACUAA